AUGGAGUGUUUCUCGGCGGGUGCAAUAUCUUCGCUGCGGAGGUCUGGAUCUCAACUUCGCUCUUUACCUGGUAGAACAUUUCCUUCAUUUGCUUCAUAUCGACAAUAUGUGCUGGUUCCGAGUCCCCGGCGCAUGAACGGACACGGCCAAUCCGACCAACCCGAUGCCUACAAUAACCCAGCUUCCCUGGAGGAAAUUGCGGAUUCUCAAGCUCACCCUUUGUCGGGAUACUAUUCAUUGAUAUUGAAAUCCAGCUCACCAUACGAUGGUGGUGCAUCGACAUCCCGCCCUACGCCCGUUCGGCCCGACGCCAAACCGACCCCGGCAUCUACCGUCGCACCGCAAACACCCCAAGAAAAAAUGGCGAUCGUAUUCGGCACCCCUCUUGCCGGCCCAGGCCGAACCUCACGCUACAAUCCUGGUGAAGCUCCCCCGGAAUCAACGUGGAAAACUAUCAACGGAGUCCCCAUUCCUCCCCAACCUGAGGAACCAGACAACUGCUGCAUGAGUGGCUGUGUACACUGUGUCUGGGAUGAUUUCCGGGAUGAGAUGGAAGACUGGGCAUCCAGGAUCACAACGGCCAAAGCUAAAGGUGGGCCUGAAAAGGGAACAAAGGACAUGCGCACGGCGCCUCGAGCGGAAGUCCGCUCAGCCAGUGGGAGCAUGGAUGAUGAUGGCGGUGGUAGCGAAACAAAUUGGACACUGCCGAGUCAAGAUAAUGACCUGUUUGCCAAUGUCCCUGUUGGUAUUCGGGAGUUCAUGAAAACGGAGAAAAAGUUGCGGGCGAAGCAUCAAAAGCAAGCUACAGUGUGA